AUGUUCGCAUUAAUAAAUCGUAUACUCGACUGGCUAAAGUCGUUAUUUUGGAAGGAGGAGAUGGAAUUAACGUUGAUUGGACUUCAAUACAGUGGAAAAACAACAUUCGUCAACGUGAUCGCCUCCGGUCAGUUCAGUGAAGACAUGAUACCCACAGUAGGAUUCAACAUGCGAAAAAUAACCAAAGGAAAUGUGACCAUUAAAAUAUGGGACAUUGGAGGCCAACCCAGGUUUAGAUCCAUGUGGGAGAGAUACUGUCGAGGAGUUAAUGCCAUUGUCUAUAUGAUGGACGCAGCUGAUCCCGAUAAAAUAGAGGCUAGUCGUAACGAACUGCACAAUCUUCUAGACAAACCUCAACUUUCGGGUAUUCCCGUGUUAGUGCUAGGCAACAAAAGAGAUCUCCCUAACGCUCUCGAUGAAAAUGGCUUAAUAGAUAGGAUGAAUCUCUCCGCGAUCCAAGAUCGCGAAAUUUGUUGCUACAGCAUUUCUUGUAAAGAAAAAGAUAAUAUCGAUAUUACUCUUCAAUGGCUUAUAGCUCAUUCCAAAGGUAGUGUUCGUUAA